UAAGACAGCAACAAGAAAGUUUAAACAUGGCAAUGGUGUGGACAGCGAUCCUUGCUUGUAGUUUCUUGUGUACAAGUUCUCAGAAAAUUUACUCGGAAGAAAACCAUCGCUGUGCUAGUGAUGGAGAGACAAUGAUGCAAAUACGAGAGGUUCUGAUUAAGCAAGAGAGGUUCCAAGAAACUGUAGAUUCCCUCAAGAAGAUGAUGAAAAGACUCGAGGAAAAUACAGGCAAGAUGAUGAGGAGACUCGAGAAAGAUGUAACCAAGAUCAAGAGUGACAUAAAAAUAUCUGAUUGUCAGGAUCUAUUUUUUACCGGACGCAAACUGUCCGGAGAAUAUCGUAUAGAUCCCUUUGGCAACGGGAGCUACGUCACAGUUUACUGUGAUAUGAAGACUGACGAAGGAGGGUGGACAGCAAUUCAGAAACGCAUAAGCCAAUCUGUUGGUUUUAACAGGACUUGGGAGGAAUAUAAAAGAGGAUUUGGUAAUGUAACAGACUCUUACUGGAUAGGCAAGGUAUGGGAUAAAGUAAUAUAA